UCGCAGUGGCCGUUGUCCCCCAGUGGCAGAAAGACGAGAUGCGGGAGGGGCUCAACGCCCUCAAGAAGAAAAUCAUCGACCUUGAGAAGGCUGCCAAGGCCGACAUCGUCAAGAUGGUUGUCGAGGCGACCAGACAGGAGGUAGAAGCCACGCCCGACCAGCCGCUGGUGAUUAAGCAGCUGGAGGCCGGCGCCGACCUGAAGGCGCUGAACGAAGCUGUGAAGAUCUACAAGGUCAAGUCCCCAAGGACAGCAGCCAUGCUGUUCUCCGCGGACAACACAGCCGGCAAGGUCGUCGUGCAGUGCUGGGUGCCCAAGGAGACGGUUACGAAGGGCCUGAAGGCAGGAGAGUGGGUGAACCAUGUGAAAGACGUGCUCGGAGCUCGUGGAGGAGGGAAGGACAACACCGCGCAGGCCUCCGGAACCAACGUCGACGCGCUGUCACAGGCCGUUACCAUGGCAACAGACUUCGCCAACCUCAAACUCAGCAACUAAGUUCCAAGUUGCUAAGUUUGUUCAGAAAGUUAAAAAUCAUCUAAAAAGUUUUUUUUCCAUGCAAUUUAUAUCUUAAGAUAUCCAGAAAUAAGGAAUCAGGGUGUAUGAAGGAAAGACAAUUUGAGAAAACUUGUCACAAAGACUUGAGACAUCUGAGCUAAGCUAUACUUGAGCUGAUAAGGAUGGUGUUGGAUAUUAGGAAGUGAAAAACUAUUUGAAACUGAGAGUUGCUGAAAAAAUGUCAAAAUUACUGAACAGAAAUAAUUGUAAGAAUUACUAGUAAUUAGACCAUCUUUAGGUUAUCUGAAUGCCAUAUAAGGUCAGCUCCUUAUAAGGUUAGCUCCUUAUAUGGUCAGCUCCUUAUAAGGUCAGCUCCUUACUAACCCACACACAGCAGAGGGGGGUGGGCUGUGGAGGGGGGGUUUAGGCAAGUCCAUACCGGGAUAGAGAAGAGUCAAGAUUUAUUUAUUUCUAUUUUACCGCAAAUGUUAAACGUUAAGGCCCAUGUUAGAUAGUUUGUGUCAGGUUGUGUUUCCUGCAUGAAUUGGGACCUUUGCCACAGGACAACCCUUCCCUUAUAAAAAUAAUAAUAAUUCCCUUCUACACUUCUCAACAGAAAUGGAAAAAAUUACCAGAAGUUUAGCAUGCGAUCUGCUGAGAAGGCAAAGUAAUUGAAGGAAACGCUUUUAUACUAAUUUUGAUGUUGAUAUAAAUAUAAGGCAUGAAUAACUCAAAUAUGGAGUAUAUGGAAGGUUUAGGAUAAUUCAAUUCUGGGGUAUGGAAGGUUUAGGAUAACUCACAUUUGGGGUAUGGAAGGUUUAGGAUAGCUCAAAUUUAGGAAUGGAUAAAAGGUAUGUAAGGUGUGAGGUUUAUGGAGAUGGUUGGUAGAUUUAUGUUGCUCUACAGUUUUCCAUUCAACUGUGACUCCAAAAGAAGAAAGUUCACUUUGGAUCCCUUAAAAGAACUAAGACCUUGUGGAAACGUCUUUGCUUAUACAUGUAUAUAGCUAAUGUGUUUCACAGUUACGUAAACUGUGAUGCCUGAAAUAUACAACUGAGAGUCCAUAAUGUCUAAACACUUAAGUUGGCAAACUCCAUACAUACUCCCCAAGCUGUUAACAGACUUUUAGCCUCUGUACAACACGCUAACUUACACAAGGGAAACAGUUUCUUUAACAACUGGAUAGAUUUUGAAAACUGUCAGAUAUUACAUGUAGUAUCCACUACUUAAAGUGUGACACAGUCACUGCAAUGACGAAAAAGUAGUGGGUGCUACUUGAAACGUCUGACAGUUUUCAAAAUGUAUCCAGUUGCUUGAGUAACAGUUUUCCUGUGUAUCAAUGAAACCCACUAACUUGUGAUGGCAACAUGAGGCCGAGUAUUGUGCGUUAAUAGGUACAGAACUGAGGAUGUUUGUUCAACACUUCAGAACCAUCUGGGCAGGUCUUUAUUGGGUACCAUAAUUGCCCAGUUGAUGAUUCCCACUGGGCACUGGGUUAGUAAAGCCUGGUCCAAGAGA